AUGGCGCUCUCCGCCGGCGUACGGCGGUCCAAGUACGCCGCGCCGCUGCUGUCGCCGGCCUGCCUCCGUCGUCUGUGCGUUCCGGGCGAGUUCGUGGCCGCGCUCGGGCCCGGCGACGCCGGGGAGGCGGCGGCUGUUGUGCUCGUCGUCGGCCCGCUCGGCAAGGUCUGGCGCGUGGAGCUGUGCCUGGGCGACGAUGGCCACGGCGAUGGCGAGGCGUGGCUGGGAGGUGGUGGCUGGGCGGAGCUCGCGGCGGCGCACGGGCUCGGCGAGGGGUGGACGGUGGUGCUGAGGCUGGAGCGGCGCGGGGUGGCGUCGCUGCGGGCGUUCGACCCGUGCUGCUGCCUCGCGCGCUUCUGUACUCCUCACACUGGUAUGAAAACCAAGGACAGGCCUCGAUUCAUCAAGCUGCUCCAACAGGAAGAUCUGGAAAAAAUGAAAAUCCCUGAAAAGUUUGUGCAGCAACACUUGACUGAAACCUGCACAAACAGCCACCAGAAUGCCAUUAUCCUUAGCCCUCUCGGCAAGUUCUGCCGAGUCGAAGUAGAACGUGAGCAACCGGACAUGCUACUGCGAGACGGCUGGGCUGCGUUUCUGGCUGCGCAUGAUCUCUCUGAAGGGAACAUCCUGCUGUUCCGGUAUGAAGGUAACAUGGUGUUUACGGUUGAGGUGUUCCUGGAGAAUGGCUGCUUGAAGGAGUACACAACGGCAACCCUGUAUCUGACUGAUGGUUCGAAAGGCCGGAGCGUUGCACCGCAACAAUGUGUGACAAAAGCUGAAGUUUCACCUGUCAAGAGAAAAAGGACGCAGCGAAGUGGGGGUGCCUGCUUAGAGGAAUCAAGCAGGAAAUCUAGGGCUUCCCCGAUUUCUGUAAAGAAGGUUGAAUCACAUAUGAAACAUCUCAGCAUUGUGCCACAAAAUUCAUUCACAAAAGAAAUGACGAGCUAUAGUGUUCAUAGCCUCCUUGCUGUGAAAGGAACCUUUUGCUCUCAAAUUGGUCUCCUAGAAGCAUCUACGAUCACACUGAAGAUAUCUAUGAAGAAUAAAGGAUCUUGGCGAGUGGCUUUCAAAACUGCCAACACCUAUGGCUACAUAAAUGGACCAGGCUGGAGAAAAUUUUGCCUGGAAAAAAAGGUUAAAAAAGGGUGAUCGCUGCACCUUCAACGCCAUCGAAACAACAGUCUGGCAUGUUGCAAUUGUCCAUUGCUAGCACAAAAAAGAAGAACUAGUCCCACUAUUUUUGCCUAGCAAUGCCAAUCCCAGUUGAAAAACGUAUCACUGAAAACAUGUUUGUAUGUAUAGGCAGUCCAGUAGACAAGUCCAAAGAAUGAUUUUGUUGAAUGUUGGUACGUCAGUAGACGUACCAUGUACUGAAAUACUGGUCUCUUUGCUUGUCUGGUUACCAACUACCAAUCUUCUGUUUCUGAUAAUUCCAACCUACCAGUGUGUAUGAUGCUUAAAUAUGCUUAUAACUCAG